AACAGAUUGGUUUUAAGACAGCUUAAAAGGUUGAAACUUCUAGUGUGGCGGUGAGACCUGAGUACAUAAAGGUAAUGAAGCACGUGGUGAAGAUAUUGAGCCUGCUGCUGGCAGUCUCUGCCUUUUGGAUUACUCUUUUGCAGGCUGCAAUUGUUCCACAAAGUCAUACAUGGUUGCUACCGAUAUACUUUGUAGUGUCACUUGGAUGCUAUGGUCUAUUAAUGGUUGGGAUCGGGAUAAUGCAGUUCCCUACCUGUCCUCAAGAAUCAGUUCUGUUGAACCAUGAUAUUGCAGAGGCAAAAGACUUCUUAAGCACAAACGGGAUAGAUAUUGGUUCUGUGACAGUUCUUUUUAACACGAAAGCUUAACCCUGUGUCUCAUUUUCCUUUUUCAUUAUCGUUUUUCUUUCCAUUAAGUUGGAAUUGUGAUAUUUACUUUGAGAAACCAUUUAGAAAUUUUGUUUCUGUGUUGAAUAUUGUAAAACACUAACCAAGUUUCAGUUUAACCAUGUCUAUUGGCCUAAA